GCUGGUUACUGUGCGCGUCGCAUAAACGAAGUUUGAAACAAUUCGCGGAGUCGCUGCGUUAUAUGAGGCAAACAACGGUAAAAGUUGUACGUGCGUGUUUUUAUUUGAUUUUCAUAGAUAUUUUUCAAUCAAGCAAACCAAUUCAUGAGCCGCGUGCUAUUCAGAUUUCGCAAGAUUGAAAGCAACGGCUAAAUCGAGCUCGAGUUAACGGUGUACACAGGAAAGUUUUAUUCGGAUUAAUUAAAUUGGCUCUUGGAAUCGGCACAACCGACUGAUCUCACUUGGCCACAAACUGGAAUGACGAAAGUCAGAGCGCACGAACAACGAAGUUUAAUCAGCAGUAAAAUGGCCUCCAGAAGUAGUGUAAUCACAUUUGGUUGCCUCCUGGCCUUAAUCCACACUCUGGCACCCACUGAGGCCAAUGUGCACCCAGUGCUUACGCACAAGAAUGCCUCCUCCCUGCUGGGCCAGUUGGUCACCUCGAGCACACUGGUCUGGGAAAGCUACGAUCCGAAGGAUGCCACGCAGCUCUCUUAUGCAGUCGAGGGCGGAAAGUACAUCACGGAAGACGAGCACUAUUCAAUUUAUGUUUGCCGAGUGACCAUUGACGGGGUCCACACCUCCGGCCAUACUGAGAAGAUCCUGCAGGUACACAAGUGUGUGGCGGCUCACUACAAGAAAGGAAAGUACGAAAACUUUGAUGUCCUGAUGAACAAGGGACACCUGGGCAAGGUCGGCUGGAAGCACUGGCGCAAGUUUGAUGCUGGCGUCCCAGUGGGUGCUAUUCGAAUUGGAGACGACUCGUUCAUUGGCCGCCAUCGGGCCACCCAUCAACAGAACUCGGAGGGCAUUGUAACCCAUUGGGGGGCAGACUUUAACCUGGGUCGCCUAGAUCCCCUUGGUCUGGGCAAAAUUUUGGUCAUUGAGAACGAUCGUGAGAAGUACUACGAUGAUGGCGAAGUACUGAUCGAGACGGAGCCAUUCCGCUAUGAACUGAGGGACAUCAAGUUGGAUCGCUUACGCACCGAUCUGCGACAAAACCUUACCGAGCUGGCUACUGGUAAACUGGAGAAUCUGGGCGACAAAUACAGCACAGUGGAGACGGUGAUGACCUACAGCUUCGACUAUAUUCAGUAUUGGGGAUCCCAUGAAGGUGUGGCGCGUGGAUUACCCACAAAAGUAUUCGAAAAAGAUAUCAUUAUUCCUGCGGAAAUCAACUGGGCUUUGAAAACUAGCGAGAAACGGAUCGAAAACAAGGCGGUGCAUACCAAGCUGUGGCCAGGAACAGCCAUCAAUGUGACGCUGCGUGGAACAUAUGUGACCCUGGAGGCACCCUACACUGCCAAACUGUUUGCCUUCUACUAUGGCAGCGAAGAGAGUGUUUCACGGAAGAUAAGCGCUGAUGUUCGCAAGAGCUACUUGAAGGAAGUGAAGCUGGAGUUCAGCCCUGUCUACUGGAUUGAAAACGGUACGUUUGUACCCACAACGACAACAACAACGACCUCUACCUCGACCACAACACAUGCGACCACCACCAGCACCAACGAACCCACACCGAUAAACGAGCCGCCACUGGUACAUGUGAAGCAUGUGGGGGAGAAGCACUCGGGUCCGGAUACCCUGGAGAAGACAUUGCACGAUUCGCCGGGGGGCAAUGAGGUUAACUCACACGAGGCGCCUGAGAAUAUGUCCUCCAAUCCUGGCAAGGAUGUGGCUCUGGCCGGCUUUGGAGUGAACGCAGCGGGAUCGAUGGCAAUUACAGGAUCUGCUUUCAUGACGCUACUCCUGACACUGCUCUUGAGUCUGUAGAUGCAAUCGGAAUCCGGACUAAGUGUAGCGUUUAAUUGUUGUUGUUGUACCUGUUGUACCCGUCUUUGAGAGAGAAUGGAGAAGAGAAAUGAGGAAUGAGGAAAUUACACAAGAAGAGAAAACGAGGGAGAGUCGAAGCUAGACAGAAAGAGAAAUAGGAAUAUAGGAAAUACUCGUAGGGAUCGGGCAGAUGUGGAAACCAAAAGCAAAAGUUGAUAUUUUUUAUACUUGUCCCAAGGCUUCUUCUUCUACAAUACCCAUUAAAGUGGUAAACAAAUCCAAAUCCAAAUGAAAAUUAAAAUUUAUAACAAGGAACAAGAAACAAAACAUUCCUAAACCAAAUCCCUCACAAAAGGAAAUGAAUCAAAAGUUUAGAUUGUAGAUUACACGUAUGAAGAAUAUUUGAAACGUUUUUGAGUUGCUAUGCAAAAAAGAAUGUUUUAUGAUUUCAAAUGGCUCCUCAUUUAUUUAGUUUGCUAAGCGGUAAUCAAUUAAAAGUAGGAAAAGUAAUGACUAAUGAAAUGACAAUUGAAUUAGCGAGUAUAUUAUUUUAUGCGUUCAAUAAUACGAUGUAUAUGUGUAUGUUUAAACCGUAAAACCUAUGUAAAACAUAAGUAUAUAUCUACCGCGUAAGUGAAACACUCCAAAUAUGUAAAUUAGAAACUAUUUCUUUGAAUCUUUCAAAUUAAGUAUGAUUUGCUCGCUGAACAGCCUUAUCAUUUAAGUUUAUCCGCAAUCUUUGAUCGAUUGGGUCAAUUUAUACCUAUAUACAUACAUACUUCUAAUGAGAACGGAUUCUCUUAUUUCGAA